AUGGCUGAAUCAAGCGUCCCCGGCUGGGAACAAUACACUUCGCGCAACCAAAUUACCCGCUCCGCCGCCUCGAAAAUCGGACACCCAGAUGCUGCGGCUCUCACGCACCUGUCACGGGCGCUAUAUAUCCCUCGUCAUGACGGAAAAACAGCUCACCUGGACGUCCAUGAUAUGACCACCCAGUACACCGCGGCUACGGGCACACUCCCCAUCGGGUGCACUCAAUACGCAGUAGCCGUGGGAGUUAUGCCAAAACCGCGGGGCGAUGGAACAGACGAUAUCCACGUCUCGUACAAUGUGGACUUCAAUGGUCUAGGAGAUGGAGAAGAGGUAGUAGGAUCGGUGAAAUUCCGAGCACCCUCAUCCUCGGCCGAGAUAGAAUUGGCGAUAUCUACCACCGAAGAUGAAGCUGCAGUCUUAACCUCGGGCAGCCCAGGCGCAACCAGUAUAUCCAUCUCGACCACAUACCCCAUCUCCGCCUCGUCGACUCGCACCGGCAUUGUCAAACACCCGUACUUCACCUUCAAGGUCCCCGAUGGCGACAAUGAUCCAACAACUUUCCAAUGGCAGAUCCAUCCCAGCAAGCACGGGCGCCUGCGGUAUACACUUGUCCGCAACCCUGUAUCGCAGCAGGAAGGAUCCAGCAGUGCUGAUAUCCAGGCCGUCUACUAUCACAUCGGGCUCGACGACUCGUUUUCGCUGCCGCACAGCGAGGGUAUGCUGCUUCUUCCUCCUAGUCAGAGCUCCGCUGGGGAAAGUAUUGUGGUGGCCAGUACUCUGGGGAUGCUCUGGCGACUGCGGGAGCUUCACAGGGGAAAGGGUAAGGUUAGGAAGGCGGGGAAGACGAGCGCGAAUAAAUUUACGCGACUGUUUAGGAAGGAGUAA